GACUGUAUGAGAGCUUUGGUUCCACUUUUAUUUGAAGACGUGGAAAUUUAUUUUAUAAGAACUAUCUGCACGUAUUUUUUUGGAUCAUCACAAAUCAUAAUCAUCGACGAUAGAAUGGCUAGUGCAAGUCAAACUGGCCUGGCGACUGGUUCUGAGGGUUUGAUAUGUUUCGUCUGUGAUAUUGGUGUUGUUGGACGAUAUUAUGCUUUGGCCACAUGUAGAACUCAAACAACCAAGGUGAGGCUGAUUGAGAAGUUGGGACAGCUUGUUGGAGAAGAGUAUAUGGUGGUGAUUUCAGAAGAUGACAUCAUAUGCCGAGGAUGUGCUACCAUGAUUAACUCGUUGGAUAGGCUAGAAAAAGAGCUUGGUUCUCUAAGGUCUAUGGUGCUUAGAUACUUAGAAAAGAAGUAUGAAAUGGAAGAAGGGGAGUUAGUGAAUACUAGAUCAAAUCCACCAUUGCCUCUAAAGGAUCAAGUUCGACCGAGGGAGCCAAAUCCAAAUGAUUUCCAGGCUAGGAAAAGAAAAGCUAUGAUGGGAGGUGGUGACAAUAUUCCUGAUGAUGUUAGAAAUGCUGGUAAAGACACAUCUUGGCUACAGUGUGAUAAGUGUAAAUAUACUACCAAUUACAGUUCGUUUAUGGCUCACCAUGCAAGAGUUCACAACAAAAAGAAGGAAGCCUCUCAAACACAGGCAUCUCUUAAUCAGAAUCAAUCAAAUCAACAGACUCAGCAGACAACACAGCAAAUUGGACAGCAACAGAUAUUGGUUCAGAACCAGCAGAACCAACCUGUCCAUGAUGUAUCUAAGCACAUUAGUUUAGCACAGAUAAAACAAAAUGGUGAAGACAAAUCGUCAAUCGUUCAGAUUCAUAGAAUAUCUGAGAACGAUUCAGAAACUAUUACUCCAGAUAUAGUAGAAGGUCAAUCAAAAGAUAUGGUUGAUGGUCCAGAAACUGUAGAAAUGAUUGCUGCUGAAAUUGGACAGGAUUUUGGAGAUGGCACUGAGAAAGGGCAGAUGCUUGCUAUGGUAGAAGUGGAAAAACAAAUGACAUUACAAGCUGUUGAAGGAGAAGAUGGCAAUAACACAUUGUGUAUGGUUGAUGAAAAUGGUAUCAUAGUUCAAAAGGUUGAGCAAGCAGAGGACGGGACAUUGUAUGUACAGAUGCCUGAGGGAGCGGACUCAACCAAGCAAGUUCUAUCAGUUGCUGAUGAUGGUAGUGUACAAAUGGUGGAAGUUUUGUGGGAUGAUAUGGUUUCACCCGAUGAAACUGAAGGUCACAGCAUGGUAACAUUUUGAGUGUAGGUUCUGAGCAAUGUACAAAGUUUGAAUUGACUUGUGAUGAAUCAAUACCUGGGUAAUUCACUGGGAUGUUUUAUUAAUUUUUUUGCUGUUGUAAAAAGUUUAUAAAACCUAUUGAAGAUUUUAGGCUGUUUCAAAUAUAUAAAAAAGAGAUUUCGAAUUUGUUGAUUUUUAAAGUAUGAAAUGUAUCUUGAAUUAACUUCUAUUGAUGUUGAAUGUAUCGAGCAUAUUUCUGACAUUUUUCUCUGAUCUUUCAUGAACUGUCGUUCUAAUAGUAAAUAUUUGGCCCCUGUGACCAAAUAAAAGACUCAUUAAAUUUGUUGUAUGUUAUUGAAGGCUAUGUGUUAUUUAUUUCUUGUGUCAUUUACCAAAGUAUAGUGUUAAUUUAUUGACUACAUAUAUUUAUAAACUACUCUCCUCACUUUUUUUUUCGAGUUGUAAUUUAAUAAUUUAAGUUUUCUCUUUCUUGUUAUGUUUGAAGUAUGCUAAUUUAUUAUAUGUAAUCUUGAACUGUUGAGAUUUUUUUAUUUCUUCUGCCAUUAUGAACAGUUUUUAAUUUAUUUUUUCUUCAAAGUUCUUAAAUUAUUCUUAAACAGUAACUGUUAGUCCUUGCUUCAGCUGAAAAAAGAGUUUAUAUAUAUACAUAUAUGCAGUUAAAUAUGUGUAUGUAGUGAAUUAUAUAUAUAUUUUUUGAUUGUAUUAAGACAUUUUAGUCUCUUGAUGGACUUGGUUGUCUUAAAAUUGUGUUUAAAGUAAUAAAAGUCUGUACAGUUUAUUGGCU